AUGCCAGCACCUAUUUUAUUAAAACGAGAUUGGCAACGUGAUCAUGUGUACCUAAUACAAUUUCCUCGAGCAGGAUGCAUACCAAGUUUAUCAAUGUUUGCCUUAAAAUUAGAAACAUGGCUUCGAAUGACUAAAAUUCCAUAUUCGAAUAUCAAUAAUGAAUUCAUCAAAUUUUCGUCCAAAAAACAAAUUCCAUUUAUUGAACUUAACGGACGACAAAUACCGGACAGUAAUUACUGUAUCGAACACCUUUCUCGAGUUUUUAAGAUUGAUUUGGAAGAACGAUUAAAUCCAAUGGAAAAAGCACAAGCUCGAGCUUUUACAUAUCUCCUUGAAGAGUCUAUAAGAUGGAUUAUACUUUAUAAUAGAGGUAAAAACAAUAAAUUUAUGGCAACAGAGAAAGGUUUUAUCAAUCAUUAUAGAGGUGCUAAACGAACUCUUUUUCAAUAUGUAUUUGUGGAACAAUUUCGAAAAAAGAUUUGGAAAUUAUGCUAUUAUCAAGGAAUUGGUAGGCAUACAAUUGAUGAAGUGGAAAAUAUUGCAAAGAAAGAUUUAACAGCAUUAUCAAUUUUUCUUGGUGAUAAACAGUACUUUUUUGGUUCAUCACCAACAACAUUGGAUGCAAUUGCUUUUGGCAAUUUAACACAAUUAUUUUAUACACCAAUGGAUAGUGAUGUACUGCGAAAAUAUAUGGAAGAAAGGACUCCAAAUUUAAUAAAUUUCAUUGAAAAAAUGCGUGAAAUAUAUUGGAAAGAUUGGGAUGAAGCAUGUCAAACAUUAUCUCUUAACACUCAAAAUGUUACUAUCAGUUGUAGUAAUAUUAACAAAUGAUAUUUGCAAGAAGUAAAUAACAUUUGUAAUUAAUUAAACAUUUAUUUAUUACUUGUAAUUAAAAUUUAUUUGUUUAAAUGUAAGUGUUUGUUACAAUAAAGAAUGUUGAGGAGAAGAAGAAGAAGAAAAUUAUGAAUUGAAAGAAAGAAUGAAAGAUGGAAAGUUGAAGAUGGGACCAGCAGAGGAACGACAUCGAUGGUCUCAAAAGCUCGAGAAUGUGCUAGAGGAUCGUGAUGCUUUGGAAGCAUUCAAGAAAUGGAUGAAGAAUGAGUCAUCGUUAGCUGAACAUCCUAUCAAUUUACAUUUUGCCAUAAUAGCUUACAAAAAUAUGUGUACGAUGAAGAAUGCUCGUGCUGCAGAACUUGCACGUAGUUUACACCAAAAAUACAUCAGUUUAAAAACGGGUGUUUGUUCUUUUUUACCUGAGGAUCUUCGACGAGAAGUGAGCUUUCGAGUCCAUGCCUUUUCGGCUGGUGAGCCAGACCCAACAGUAUUUGACUGUGUAAUUCUACCGGUAGAGCAAUAUUUGCGACAGCAACAUGCUCAGUUUGUUUCUUCCGAAGAGUUUAUUGAUGCUUAUAAUCGAAUGGAGGAAUAUACACCGAAACCACCUCGUAUUCCAUCUUCACUGAUGUCAAGUCGCAAGCAGCGGAAAUCGUAUCCUUGUCAACCAACUCUUACUGCCGAAAUGUUGUUGAAAACACAACAUGAACGAGAAACUACAUUGGGUGAAAGUGAAGUGGAGAAGUUGUAUCGACCAGUAAUGAAAACACCGUACAUUUGCAAUGCAACAACUAGUAAAAAUGAUUCUGCAGUGUCAUCGACUUUUUCAAGUGAUGCUAACGGUCAGCAUCCAGCCGUAAAAUUAAGUACAAUUCGAGAAGAGCAACUAAAGGGCAACCCAGCAACGCAUACAUUAGCGAGGGUGGAGAGAGUUGAUGGUGGACCGAUGGUUACUCACUGCACUGAGGAGGGUCGACGAGCUUUUGCUUCACUUCUAAUCGAAAAAUUGAAUGUUUUAAGUGCUCGUCGAAAAAGAAAUGAUGUUAUGAGUCAGCAGCUUCGUGCCAUUGAAAGUCGCAAGUGCUCAGCACGCGAAGUUGUGAACGACGUUGAACCAACAGCUGCUGAAGAAGAUGAUGAACUGGAACGAUAUGUACGACAAAGGAUGGCUGAUGAUUCUAGCAAACCAUCACCAUCAUAUCAUUCUCCGGAUUCCCUCAAUGCUCAAUCACUUCGUUUUCGACGACGAUCACCAAGAUCAAGCUCACCGGAACGCUUCCGACAGUACGUAGCUUCACCCAUAGCUAAUGUAUUUUAUGCGUCGAGUCCUUAUAGCACAAAUGGCUUUGCGCCACCACCAAUUAGUCGACACAAUCGAAUGUCAAAUGUUAAUCCUGUUGCAGUAAAAGGAGCACGAUGUGACAUGAAGUCUAUGGCCAUUUAUGAUACCUCGGGUAUCGAAUCGAUGGCUCCGUCAUCUGUAAGUGAACGUGAUGAAGCAGCACGUGCUGCUAUCUUUCAGAAAGCGCGGAUGCUUUCAUAUGGUGGUUGUGCAAGCAGCAGUAGUUCUGGACGAAGAAGCAGUCACAAACAACAUCACGAUUUCGGUUCACUAUCGCGUUCACGAGGAGGAAUGGAUCCAAAACAGCUACUGACUAUUAGUUAUAAAGAGAAAGGACGGGUACCAGUAGUUGCACAUGUUCCAGCUCAUCCAAUCACAUUUCGAGAAUUUCGUAAAUACUUAGGAAUUUCGUCAAAAUCGAGUUUGCAAUUUUAUUUUAAAACUGCCUGUGAAGAUGGUAAUUCGCCCUAUCAGCUGCUCCUUGUGAACGAUGAUGCCACAGUACUACCGGUAUAUGAAGGCCGCAUAACAGCUGAAUGCAAAUCAGUCUCUGAUUCCGAGUAG